CCAGAAACAUGCCACUUUCAAGCCGCCACACCAUCACAUUUUUUUCUGCGGAAUAAAUAGGCAGCGAAACCUCCUUCACAACGAGAUAGAAUUCACGAUACAAAUCCAUCAAUGGCUUCAUCUGCAAUUGCACCAACCUCUACAACUUUCAUCAAUAAGAAAGAUGUGGGUCUCUCUGCUUUUUCAUCCCAACCCUCCUUUGGUAUUCAGAAUUCCAGGAGAAGAGUUUCCCGGAAAAUUGUUUCUGUUAUGGCACCACAGCAAUCAGAGCGCAAGCCCUCCGCCACUGGUUCAGUCAAGACUGCAAUGACGAUGACCGAGAAGAUAUUGGCUAGGGCUUCUGAGAAACCCCAGUUGAGCCCAGGUGAUAAUGUUUGGGUCAAUGUUGAUAUCUUGAUGACCCAUGAUGUUUGUGGCCCUGGCUCGUUUGGAAUUUUCAAAAAGGAGUUUGGAAAGAACGCAAAGGUUUGGGACCGUGAAAAGAUUGUAAUUAUACCUGACCACUAUAUAUUCACAAGUGACGAUAGAGCAAAUCGUAAUGUGGAUAUAUUAAGGGAGUUCUGCACUGAACAAAAUAUUAAGUACUUCUAUGAUAUUAAGGAUCUUGGGAAUUUCAAGGCUAACCCAGAUUAUAAAGGUGUAUGCCAUGUUGCUCUUGCCCAAGAAGGUCAUUGCAGACCUGGAGAGGUCCUUCUAGGUACAGACUCCCAUACAUGUACUGCAGGAGCAUUUGGUCAGUUUGCUACUGGGAUUGGAAAUACAGAUGCAGGCUUUGUGUUGGGGACUGGAAAGCUUUUGCUUAAGGUGCCUCCAACUUUGAGAUUUGUAAUGGAUGGUGAAAUGCCUGAUUAUUUGCUCGCUAAGGAUUUGAUUUUGCAAAUUAUUGGUGAAAUAUCUGUGUCUGGUGCAACAUAUAAAUCAAUGGAGUUUGUUGGAACUACUGUUGAAAGUUUAACAAUGGAGGAAAGGAUGACUCUGUGCAACAUGGUUGUUGAAGCUGGGGGGAAGAAUGGUGUUGUCCCAGCUGAUGGUACUACAUAUAAGUACCUUGAGGAUAAGACGUCUAUGCCCUAUGAACCAGUUUAUAGUGACGAGAAAGCAAGAUUUCUCUCGGAGUACAGAUUUGAUAUCUCAAAACUGGAGCCAGUGGUGGCAAAACCUCAUUCUCCUGAUAAUCGUGCUUUAGCGAGAGAAUGCAAAGACGUGAAAAUCGACAGGGUGUAUAUUGGAUCUUGUACUGGUGGGAAAACUGAGGAUUUUCUAGCUGCAGCCAAAGUUUUUCUAGCUUCCGGCAAAAAGGUCAAAGUUCCCACAUUCCUUGUCCCUGCUACCCAAAAGGUGUGGAUGGACAUAUAUAGCCUUCCAGUUCCAGGAUCUGGUGGCAAGACUUGCUCCCAAAUAUUUGAAGAAGCUGGUUGUGAUACACCUGCAAGUCCUAGUUGUGGUGCUUGUUUGGGUGGUCCUAGAGACACUUAUGCACGAUUGAAUGAACCUCAGGUCUGUGUCUCAACAACUAAUAGGAACUUCCCUGGUCGAAUGGGGCACAGAGAAGGCCAGAUUUAUUUAGCUUCACCAUACACAGCAGCAGCAUCUGCUUUGACUGGUUUUGUGACGGAUCCCAGAGAGUUUCUGCAGUAGGCCAUUGAUCACGACACGUUAUGAUAUCUGUGUAUUGUGUACUGCUUGAACUUUAAUCGAGGCGCUGUAUGAAAACAUAUUAGGUUCUGUAUCUUAUAUCUUUUCCUUUUUGUAUGCUAUGAUUGUUUAAAUAUCUGCCCGUUGAGAUAGUUCUUUGAGAGUAUUAUAAUUUAAUCCGAGUAAUCAAGGCAAUGAACAUAUUAGAGAUGUAACGGUAUGCUGUAAUAUUGAAGUGAGAAUGCUUAUAUAAUAAAUUGCUCAAGGCAUGGGUUGUUACCUGUA